UGGGGAGAUCGUCCUGGAUUGUCCUGGUGGGCCCAGUGAAAUCACAAGGGUCCUUGUCUAUAAAAGGAAGGCAGGAAAAGUGAAGAGGACAGCAGCAGAGUCAGAGAGAGAAGGAUCAGAAACUGCCGCGCUGCUGGCUUGGAAGACGGAGAUCUGAGGGGCAAGACAGGGGAUGCUUUGGGACCCGAGACCCCCACCGUCACCUCGUCUAUAAGCAAAAGUCAGGGCCAGCUCCGGCGAGAUCUCCAGACCCCCAGCCAAGCGCACUGCGUCCCUGGAGGGCAGGUAUGCGUGGCCGCCCAGGGCGAGGGGAAAGGCAGGGACGGGAGCCGCGGCGUUGCCCCCGCACCCGGGCUUCCAGACGCGGUCGGCACGGUGGAGACUCACGCCCGCCUGACGGCCUCCUCUGUCACCAGGAUAGGCCCACGUGCGCGCGGGGAAGCGGGGACUGGGCUCGGUCUUGGGACACGGCAAUCAAGACAAAAUAACAAGACUGCCCCCACCCACACUCCUUUCAGCUCCCACCUUCAGACGCUGCCCACCAGCCGCGCCCUCCCUACAGCGCCUCUGGCUGGGGAAGCUGGGCGGGCGCCGGGAGAAUGCGCAUUCCCGGACCGGACACACGCAGCCAGGACAGGCAGAAGGCCUGGAGCGCCCUUGCCCAAGCCGCGCCCUCUCGGCUGCGUUCCCCAACCUCGCAGGCCCUGUGGUCUGAUAACAAUUACCAUAAUAAUAGUGGCUGCGGUCAGGAGGGGACCCAUGCGUCGUCGCCCUAAUCACCAUCAGACUUGCCGGCAUGCGCUGCGCCCAUGCCCCCUCCCCAGGACUUGGCACUGUUCUAAAUGUGUUACAGGUAGAGCUCGCACGGAUUCUGCGAGGGGGUGCUACUAUUAACCCAAUUAGGGGAGGUGAGCCCAGAGAGCUUAAGUAAUUUGUCCCAAGUCACACAGCUGGCCCGUGCGGUGCUGGAGUUGGAACCCAGGCUCCACGUGAAUUUUCGCGCCCGACGGUGUGGCAGGGGAGCCCACGCAGGGGCUGGGCGCGUGAACUCUGCCCUGGGGUCCGAGAAAGCUCCCGGGCAUAGGGGUCAGAGGUAGGUCUGCCUGGAGGGGCCACAGCCUCAGUCUGGGGAGGGUCUGGGGAGAAGGGGAAGCGCAUUCCAGGACGCGGGCCAAGGCAAGACGGGCGAUGGGCCGAGCCCUCUAUUCCAGGGGGCGGAGGAGAUCUUUACUCUGCCCUCCGGGAUGGGGUGAUCCUCGCAUCCCACCCGCCGUCAGCCAGAGGGAGCCCCGGGCGCUCGGCUCCCUGCCCCUCCUGGGCCUCGGGCAGGGCCGCGCCGGAGCGGAGCUGUGGUCUGGAGCCGGCGGGCACUGGGUCCCUGCUCUCGCCGUCCCCGGUGCGGCCGCCCGCGCCGCCACAGGGCUGGAGAGCGACGAGGGACCGCCCCCCGCUCCCGCCCGACGGCUCGCGCUGCGCCUGAAGAGCCGGCUCCGGGGCAGCGGCGGGAGGCGCGGAGGCCGGCGGGCCGGGCCGAGCAGCCCCAUGGCGGGACCCGAAGGGGCACCUCCUUUGCCCGGCCCGGGGGGGCCUGUUCGCGGGACCGAGCCUCUGCGCGCCCGCGGCCCUCCAGAUCCCCGCACUUGUGGGGGUGCAGAGCAGGUGGCCCUGGUGAUUGGAGGCGUCAGCGGGGGGCUGCUGCUGCUGCUGCUCCUGGUGAGCUGCUGUGUCUGGAAGAGGCUCUGUGUCUCCUCCUACGAGGAGCUGCCCAGCGCCCCAGCCCCGGCCACCACCAGUGGACAGGGGGACAAGCUCUGCCAGCCAUGCAGGCCCCCAGGGGUGCCAUUUGUGGUGCCCCCCUCCCUGCAAGGCCGAGACUGGAUGCCCCUGCACAGCGGAGAGUGGGUCCAGGCCCCACGAGACCCCUGCCUAGCCCCGGAGCUCCUGCCCCACCCCCCCCGCGGCAGCCUCGGAGAUGCAUAUGGUGGGGGGACCAUCAACCCAGAGCUGUACAGGUUACCCGAGGACAGGAGUGAGACCGAGUUCCCCGAGGGCUGCCUGGGGCGGCUGUGGUUCUCGGUGGAAUACCAGCAGGAGGCUGAGCGGCUGCUGGUGGGGCUGAUCAAGGCGUGCUGGCUGCAAGCCCCCUCGGAGACCUGCAGCCCCCUGGUGAAGCUGCACCUGCUGCCCGACGAGCGCCGCUUCCUCCAGUCCAAGACCAAGCGCAAAACCGCCAGCCCGCAGUUCGACGAGCACUUCAUCUUCCAGGUGUCCAGCAAGAGUGUCACACAGAGGGUGCUGAAGUUCUCUGUGUACCACGUGGACAGACAGAAGAAGCACCAGCUCCUGGGACAGGUGCUGUUCCCCUUGAAGAGUGAGACCCUGGCCAGCGACGGUGGGCGUGUCAUCUGGAGAGACCUGGAGGCCGAGAGCCUGGAGCCUCCCUCGGAGUUCGGCGACCUGCAGUUCAGCCUCAGCUACAACAACUACCUGAGCCGCCUGACGGUGGUCGUGCUGCGUGCCAGGGGCCUCAGAUUCCACGAGGACAAGAGCAUUGUCAGCGUGUUCGUCAAAGUGUCUCUGAUGAAUCACAACAAGUUUGUCAAGUGCAAGAAGACCUCGGCCGUGCUGGGCUCCGCCAACCCCGUGUACAACGAGACCUUCAGCUUCAAGGCCGAACCCGCCGAGCUGGACACGGCCAGCCUCAGCCUGACGGUGCUGCAGAGCUCCGAAGGGGACAAGGGCCACCCACUCGGCCGGGUGGUGGUGGGCCCCUACAUGUACGCCCGCGGCAGGGAGCUGGAGCACUGGAACGAGAUGAUCAGCAAACCCAAGGAGCUGGCAAAGAGCUGGCACGCGCUCUGCCGCCCCGCUGAGCCCUGAACUUCGCAGCAGCUUCCAGAGCCUGCCCUGCCCGUGGCCGCCCGUGGCACGGCCACGAGACACAGACGCUCCCUCCACCGUCUCACUGAGCUGCCCGGUUGCCCCCCGAGCCCAGAGGACGUGAGUGUGCUGGUGUGCAGGAGAGCAGAGGAGCAAGGAAAGUGCUGGAACCCUCCUGCCACAUUCCAUCUUCCCUACCUUUGGGGCUGUCUGGAUGUGGAAUCUGGCUCUGCCUCAUCACAGGCCUGACUGGGACCCACGUCUCAGGCGCUUGGAAUAAAUAUCCUGAAUACUUAGCAUUAGCAUAGCUGUCUGUUCCAGAUGCCAAUGCAGGGUGAACUCCAGUCCCACCGUCUGAAGCUAAUGAUGUUGCCACCAAGCCUGCAUCUUUUAGGUGUGAUGGCCUCUGCCUUCUGCAUAGCAGAAGAAGCAACCUGUUCUGGGGGAAAUAAUAGGAAAAAUGUCCAAAGCGUUUAUUUCAAUGGGUCCACAAUAAUAGGCAGUCUGAGAAUUGGAUCCCCUUACUCUGAGCUGUGGGUGUAGAAGUGGGUCUGGGUUUCACAGCUGGCCCACCCAGCAUAGGAGGGAAAUCUUCCUGGCUUCAGAGCUGGGGGGUGGGGGCAGGGAUCCCUGUGCUCCCUUUCUGCCCCCCGCUCCCAGCCCCCAGCACCCAGUGGUGGCAGGUUCUCCCAGGUAGCAGGAUUCAGCUUCUGGGGCUUUGACUUUGGACAGGAAAUUGUGAAAGCAGGUGGCCAAAAUGCUAGGCCACAGGGUGGAACGCUUUCCCGGUAAAAUGAGCCAUUCCUUUAUUACAUGGUGGUGGGUGCAGGUGUAACAUUCAUUACGAUGGGCGUUCCCACGAAUCACGCCCAACUCCCUGUGAAGCUGGACAGGAGGUGACAAGCAGGGACAAGGUGACACGCAUGUCCCCGUUAUGGUAAUGGGCCGGCGGUAUUUUCCCCUUCGUGUUGUUGGACCCGGUUUCUUGCUUGGCUGGAGCAGUGUUGUUUCUUUGCAGAUGGAAUGCAUUUACUGUAUCACUAAAACAGCUUUAAACCAGUA